AUGACCGUCGUUGAGCACUGUCGGUACAGUAGCUUCCUAGAGCGCGUUGGGUUCGUCCCGUACCCGGGUAUCUGGAGCGCGUACCAGUGGUCCGGGCGACGGACUCGUGUUGUGACGGACCGGUCGCUGCGGGGUAUCGUGCUUAGCGUACCCAAAAGUGGCGACGAACAGCGCACGGAGAAUGCGUUGAAGGUCCACGUGCGAGGUACCUGGACGAGCGGCCGUGUCUGCGGUCAACGGAAGCCGAGAAGACCACCCAGGACGGGUGUCGCGCUUGAAGAAGAGGAGUUGCACGUCCGAGGAUGGAGGACACAGCAAGAGAUACCCAGUGCUGUCCACGAGGGGUAUCACCCUCACGAAGACCAAGCUACCCUAACAAGCAACACUUUCAUUAUUUUCUACAUCCCUACUCUUUCGACUACAACUACUGCUCCGACUCCUCGCACUCCUCCUAACUCCUUUCAGCCGCGGCGUACUUUAACGACCCCGAAUAAGGUGGGAUACGACAACUGGUGGAGAAGCAGGCCCACGCCGAGUGACCAUGACGCAAGGAGACUUCCGAGUCCAAGAAGACGUGACAAGAGAAGGAUUCACUCCGCUGGAUCAGGAGGGGGCGAGGUACCUCCUCCCGCCGCGGCUGCCCAAAGAGACCCCGCCGCAGCCGCCGCACCCAGUGCGAUGACGACCAACCCCACGAGGCCCGCGUUGCCGGUGCCCGAUCGGACUACGCCGGAAGGCAUCGCUGCAGCCCGAACGGCGCUCCAACGCGCCGUGGAGGUCACGCGCCGUCACUCUGACCCGCACAUCAGUCUGGGGUGGACUGGUGCGACGGUUCAAGUCGCCGGACCUACCCAGGCUGCUCCGAGUGCUGGAACGGCCCCGAGUGCAACGGUGGGCUACGGCAGCGCCCCCGUGAGCACUGCCCCUCCUCCGACCCAGACAAGCAUUCUAGCCACCCCGACGAGUGCCCCGGGGUACGGCGUUGGGUGGGUACCCCUGCCUGAAGCUCCGCAGGCCCCUGUCGGUGGUGUCCCGCCGCCUCAAGCGGCCCCAGCAGCACCUCAGGCCCGGUGGGGUCACCAGUACGUCGCUUCUCAAGCUGCUGUUGGAGGGAUCCCUCCGCCUCCGAUGGUGCCCGUGAGUACGGAGCGGGAUGGGUUACGCAAGGGUCAGUGGUCCUGCUACCGCUGCCGUGCCGACCUGGGUACAGACUCCUCAGGCUGGAGGGGCACUGCCUACUCCGACCCCGACGUCACGAAUCCGCACGGCCAUCGCUUCAUCUACCUGGUGCGGCAGGCGCGGGAGCCUCUGACCUACCUGGAAGUGACAACCCAGGCGUAUUACGGCGCUGUGACACCCACUCCAAUGUCCACGGCGGCUUCUUCCCGUGCCCUUCGCCCCCAUGGCGAACACGUUGGACUUGCCAUCGCACAUCAAGAACGCCGUGAAGCUCAUUCCCCUGUUCUACACUGA